CCCGAUUAUGAAGGCGAGUGGUAUGGUUACUUCCACUUCCCUACUCUUCCAAAUAAGAAGCGGUUCGGCCGCGAGAUCGCCCGCUUUCCAACUGCUUUCGCCAAUUCUGUUAUUUGCAUUUCGAUUUUAGGUAACACGCUUGUGCAUAAGCCAUCGGAACAUGAUCCCGGAGUAGUAUUAAUGCUGGCCGAAUUAGCGAAAGAGGCCGGCAUUCCGGAUGGCUGUUACAAUAUCAUUCAUGGCCAACAUGACAGUGUAAACUUUAUCUGCGAUAAUCCGGAUAUCAAAGCUGUCUCAUUCAUUGGUGGAAAUCGAGCUGGUGAGCAUAUCUACGCUCGAGCAUCGAAAGCUUUAAAACGUGUGCAGUGCAAUAUGGGAGCAAAAUGUUUGGGUGUUGUGAUGCCGGAUGCAACUAAGACGGGACUUUUCAGACAGUUAACGAGUGGUGCAUAUGGUUGCUCAGGGCAGCGUUGUCUUGCUCUUACAACAGCGAUUUUGGUUGGUGAAGCAAGAGAAUGGAUACCGGAGAUUGUUGAGGAUGCGAAAAAUGAAGUAGGGGAACAGGCUUUAAAUUUUUGUAACGACUCAUUAGACUUUCACCGAAAUUGCACAUUCGACAUAAUUUCAGGAUGCCUCCAGGAAACUGAUUUCGGACCAAUGAUCUCGAAGCAAGCCAAAGAACGCUGUUUGGAAUUAAUCGAAUCGGCUCGAAAAGACGGCUGCCGUGUACUUCUGGACGGUACGAAUUACACUGCAAAAGGCUAUGAAAAGGGCUUUUUCGUUGGUGCAACAGUAAUUGAUGGCGUAAAAGAGAAUAUGAGAUGUUAUAAGGAAGAAAUUUUUGGACCGGUACUCUUGCUAAUGUGUGUUGAUACUCUCGAUGAAGCUAUCGCGAUAGUGAAUCGAAACCCUUACGGUAAUGGCACUGCAAUCUUUACCAGCAGUGGAGCAACAGCACGCAAAUUUGAACAACAAGCAGAGCCUGGCCUGGUUGGAAUAAAUAUUCCAGUGCCAAUUCCAUUGCCAAUGUUCUCAUUUACUGGCAAUAAAAAGAGUUUUGCUGGCGACCAUAAUUUUUACGGCAAAAUGGGCAUGCAUUUCUAUACGCAGUGGAAAACGAUCACAUCACUAUGGCGCGAAGAAGUUGCUGGACGUAAUGUUUACUGCGACAACUUUAAAAUGAGCCGAAAAUGA